UUUACACGAUUAUCAUCCGUAUUGUCUUGACAUGGGUUUAUAACGUUGGAUAAAAAUGAUUUCAUGGUGCGCUUUCGAUUCGGAAUGACUAAUGUGGUUGUUGGUUGAAUAUCAGCCGCGUGUACUGGACCCGUUCCUGUGAAAUAUAAACGUUGUCGUUCCAAAAAAACAAAAAAAAGCCGAGAGCCUCCCUAGACUGGAAUCGAACACCAUGACCACCGAGGAGGAAAAAGUGAUACCGGUGCGGGUCGCCUUGAGAUGUCGCCCUUUAGUGCCAAAAGAAAUCAAUGAGGGAUGUCAAUGCUGCCUCACUUUUGUGCCUGGGGAGCCACAGGUGGUCGUUGGCACAGAGAAGGCGUUCACGUAUGAUUAUGUAUUUGAUCCCACUGCAGAGCAAGAAGAAGUCUUCAGUACUGCCGUGUCCCCCUUAUUGUGCGGGCUCUUUAAAGGGUACCACGCUACAGUGCUUGCGUAUGGACAGACCGGUUCUGGAAAGACCUUCUCCAUGGGGGGCGCGUACACGUCUGCUCAAGAGAAUGAGCCAUCUGUCGGUGUUAUUCCACGAGUUAUCAGGAGGAUCUUUGACGAAAAGGAAAAGAGGGCCGACUCUGAAUUCUGCCUGGGAGUGUCAUAUCUGGAGAUCUACAACGAGGACGUCUUGGAUUUGUUAUCUACCUCUAAGGAUAAACCUGCUAUCAGCAUUCGGGAAGACCCCAAAGAUGGUAUUAAGAUUGUGGGGUUAACCGAGAAGCAGGUGGUCUCUGCCCAGGAGAUGGUGGGCUGCCUGGAGCUCGGAAACUCUGCUCGCACUGUUGGCUCCACAGCCAUGAACGCCGCGUCGUCACGCUCGCACGCCAUCUUCACCAUCACCCUGGAGCAGCGCAAAGGGAACGACAAAGUUGACUCCAUCGUUUCCAAACUACACCUCGUGGAUCUAGCCGGUUCCGAGAGGCAGAAGAAAACCAAAGCGGAGGGUGAUCGUCUAAAAGAAGGCAUCAGCAUCAAUCGAGGCCUUUUGUCUUUGGGUAAUGUGAUCAGUGCCCUGGGGGAUGAAAGCAAGAAAAAUGCCUUUGUCCCUUACAGAGACUCCAAACUCACUCGCCUGUUACAAGAUUCCUUGGGAGGCAACAGCCACACGCUGAUGAUUGCGUGCGUCAGUCCUGCAGACUCCAACAUGGAGGAGACCAUCAACACGCUGCGAUACGCUGACCGAGCUCGCAAGAUAAAAAACAAGCCCGUCGUCAACGUUGACCCCAGAGCGGCAGAAAUGAGCCGUUUGAAGCAACAGGUUCAGGAGCUGCAGGUGAUGCUGCUUCAUGCAUGUGGAGGAGUUGCACCAGUGCUGUCUGGGCCCGAAUCUGAAGAGAAUGUGAACAAGCUGCUUAAACAGAACCGUAUUCUGCAGGAUGAGAACAACAAAUUGAGCAAGGAGCUGAGCGAGGCAGCCGUGCAAACCGCCUUCAUGUUUGAGAAGAUCAUUAUGACUGAACAAACCAAUGACAAACUGCAAAACAAACUGGAACAACUGCAGCACCAUGCGGCUUGCACCUUGAAUCUUGAGAAGAUGUUGGUGACACUUGAAGAUCAGGAGUUGAAGGAGAACGUGGAGGUGAUGAAAAACCUGCAGGACGUUAUCUUGGAGCUCAAGAGCGAGAGCGAGGGUAUUGCUGCCUCCAUUGAUGCCAUGGCUGCAGGAGUGGACGUGCCAGAUGGAUCGGGCAAUGGCAGUAAAAAUGAAGCAGAUGAGUCCCCAUCACAUGCCAAUGCAGCUGCUGGCAAGGAUACACCAGAUGGCUUUACAGCCCACCAUGCACUGCGACAGGCCCAGCUCUCCAAGGAGCUGAUUGAGCUCAACAAAGUGUUGAGUUUGAAGGAGGCAUUUGUCAAGAAGAUGUGCCAGAAUGACAGCCAGCUGGAGUCCAUGCAGUCGGAGCAUUGGAAUAAUGUACAGUCUCUCCAGUCUGCGGUGGAUUCGCUGCAAAAGGAGAAAGAGGAGCUUGUUUUGGCACUCCAGUCUGCAAAGAAAGAAACCAACCAGGCUAACCUGAGCGAGCAGCGGAGGAAGCGCCUGCAGAAGCUGGAGAGCCAGCUGGGCGACAUGAAGAAGAAACUUCUUGAGCAGUCCAAACUACUCAAACUCAAAGAGUCUUCUGUUCACAAAGUCAGCAAGCUCAUGCAAGAAAUACAGGCAAUGAAAAGCCAGCGGACGCAGCUGAUGAGGCAGAUGAGGGAGGACUCUGAGAAAUUUAGACACUGGAAAGGUCAGAAGGAUCGAGAAGUGCUGCAACUCAAAGAGAAGGAUCGCAAGCGUCAGUAUGAGUUGCUUAAACUCGAGCGGGAUUUCCAGAAGCAGGCCAACGUCCUGCGUCGGAAAACCGAGGAGGCUGCAGCUGCAAAUAAGCGACUGAAAGAUGCUCUGCAGAGGAGAAGUGACGCAGCAGAGAAGCGCAAAGAUUGUCCAAACCGAGGGACGGAGGGAGCGGCUGCAAGAGUGAAGAGUUGGCUUCUCAAUGAAGUGGAGGUGAUGGUGAGCACAGAGGAGGCCCGGCGCCACCUCAACGACCUCCUGGAAGACAGGAAAACUUUGGCUCAGGAGAUAAUCCACCUCAAGCAGCAGGUUGACGCAGGGGAGCGACCUGCUGCCAAAAUCAGGCGUCGGACACUGAUCCUGUCUGAGUUGGAGACCCAGGGGGCGCUAGAGACCCCUCUGACCAAACAGUUGGAAAACUUGAAGACAGAGCUGGAACUCAGGAAUGCACAGAUUGCGGACCUUCAGCAGAAGGUCCUUGCUGCAGACGGUGAGGGACGUUUGAAACAGCGUAUAGACGGCAUCAGAAACAUUGUCGAUGCCAAGUGUGCGGUCAGGGUCCUGGUAGCUGAGCUGGUGUCUGCAACGACGGCCGCAGCCAAGCUAGAGAGUGAACUCCAGCAGGAGAAAGGAAACGGACAAGACUUGCGGAAAAUGUUGGCUGACGAGAGGAACGUAAUGUCCACCAUGGAUAUGGAGCACCAGCAGCAGCUAGUGGAGUUAGAGCAGAGGCAUCAAGAGAAGGUUCUUUAUCUCCUCAACCAGCUCCAGAACAAACCAAUUUGUGGGGGGUCAGAUGAAACAAUACAGGAAGAUGAGGAGAGUCCAAAAGAGAAGGAGCUCCUGCAGCGCCUCAAAGUUCAGGAGGAGGAGCUGGAGAAAUUGCGCGAUUUAAGUGAGCAGAACCACAAACUGGUGGAACAGAAUGAACAGUACAGACAGAAACUCUCACUGCUCCAUCUGGCAUCAGGAAAGAAAGUCCUCAUGCCGAGCAGCGACAAUGACAAGGACAAGGACAAGAGCCCGUAUGAUUCCUUUGAGUACAUUCCUCCAAAGCCUAAAGGGAAGCGCUUCACCACAGCUAAAGCGCAGCUAAACACGGCGAUCUACAUUGAAGACCUGUGGUCUCCCAGCGAAGACGAGAAGGACGAGGAAGAGGACGAGUGGCGUCCUGAGAAACUGGAGAAAGGACGCCGAGCCUCGAAGAAGCCAAGAGCCGCUGGGUGUUCGUGUAAAGGUCGCUGUGGCAACAAGCAGUGCCGCUGUCGUAAAGGCAAGAUGACGUGUGGGGAGAACUGCCAGUGUGACCAUGACAAAUGUCGGAACAUGGACAACCAGGAGAAUGCGAGUCCAAUAGAAAACGUUUCCAGGGACUCUGUGUCUCUUCAAGAUGCGACGACUGCCAGCCCGGACGCCACAUUCUUCAGGCCACCGUCGUGCACGCCGACCAAGAAGGUGCUGGAGGAAAUCGGAGACAUAGGACACAGCCCGGGAGACCUCGAGUCGGCGUGUAAGCCCGUCCAGGAAGAGGAAGAUGGGGACGUGUACCAGGGGGAAGACCGAAUCACAGUGAACAUCCUCAAGAAGAAGAAACGACUCCUCACAAGUUUUCAGGACAGUUUCUUCUCUGGCUGUGCUCCAAUCGGAGAGGAACCUUAGACUGUUUUGCAGUAGACUUAGUCAAACUCCUUUCAGGUUUGGAGUUCUUUAGUGUCUAACUGACCGCUUGUUUUGUUUAUAAUUUACUCACGACUUUGUGCUUUUUGGAUUUGACUCGCAUCGAUUUUAAAACUUCCUCGUUGAUUUGAUGAUUUGUUUUUUCUUAGCCUAAAAACUAAACUUCAUUAAAUAAAUUUGGGUUUACGCCACAAAAAUCAAUCUGCGGUUACUCUCAAGCCGUGUGUCCUUUACAUCAACAAAAUAAGUCGUCGUUCUGGUGGCGGGAAGCAAGAGAGCCGGUUCUUUUGGCUCUGCUCCCUAAAAAAAAAAAAAAAAAAAGAGCCAACUCUUUCUGCUCCCAAAUGGCUCCUCCCAGAUUUUUCAAGAAGCACAUGAUCAAACACAAAAAGAGCCAUCUCACUUAGAAAGGAUGGUCCAAUCUGAUUGUGUGUAUUAUUUGUCCAUUUCCAACUACAGUAUUUAUAGUGAAGCAACACAACAAAAACAAAACAUUACGCAAAAAGCCGGAACUUCAAAGAGCACAAAAAAGUUACUGCUACAAAAUCAAAAGUAAUUCAUAUUUUUUCCACUUUUUUUUUUUUUUUUUUUUUUUUGCAAUUUUAGGCCCAAAUCAACAAGACCAAAUAUCCGAUAAUAAUAAAAAAAAAAAAACGCUCCAAUGAGGCGAGAUUACCUGUACUAUGCAGGUGAGCAGAUCAAGCACUCCUUUUUUCUCCUGCCUGUGACGUUAACGGCCUGUCGUAACUUCCCCUGAGCGCACUUGUAAACAAACAUUCACUUUCUGAGGGAGACAUUUCACGUGCAAGUUGUACCAAAUGUUCUGCAAUGAGGGGCGUUGGAGGGAAACUCCCCCAUCCCCCCCCAUCGAGCACAAAAAAAACCUUAGCCACCUGAAUUGCAAAAGGUUUGCCAGAGACCUCCAUGGCGUGACACCGGCUGCUCGGAGUGUGUGUCCGAAUACAGUGCACCUUAAUGUCAUAUUUGAUUAA